CUGACAGCUGUCCGCUGCCGGCUUGCGUAGGUGCAACUAAUGGAGAGGCGGAGGCGCUGGAUCGGCCACUGAUUCACUGAACGGCACGCGUCUUAGCUGCGGCGCACCGGCCGCGAAGCACUGGGUUACAUAAACAUCUUCAGAUGAAAUGCCAUUCAUUUCCUACUACCGAAUUUAAUGUCAACUAAGGGACAUUUUCAGUUAAAAUAUUAGGCAACUGACUACACCAAGUGAAAUUAUGUAGUUUGCAUAAUUGACGCAAGUUUAACAUUUUCAAUACCAUUCGUUUUCAAUCAAAAUUUAAAUAAAAGGGACAUCUCGACUAUACCGUUGCUUACGUUUCCCCAACCAUGAUCCCUACACAGCAUGGCCGCCGGGAUACCCCCACCCAGCAUGGCCGUUUUGGGUUUGGGCGCGUCAGGGGCCACGGCUCACGCCUCCCGGCGGCUCGGGGCGGCACGGGGAGUCCUCCCAGGAAGCCGGGCGAGGCGACCAUGGCGGAGUCGAGCGGGAGGGACGAGUGGGACGAGUGCCUUGACGCGGCCCUCGAGGUGGCCCGCCAGGCCGGCGAGGUGGUGCGUGCCGCACUCAAGACCGACAAGGAAGUGCUGACAAAGAGCUCGGAGGCAGACCUCGUCACGGAGACAGAUCAAAAAGUCGAAAAACUCAUCAUUUCAUUUCUUCAGCACAAGUUCCCCAGCCACCGCUUCAUCGGAGAGGAGUCGGUGGCGGCAGGCGAGGGCUGCCACCUGGAGGACGCCCCGACCUGGAUCAUCGACCCUGUCGACGGAACCACCAACUUCGUGCACACAUUCCCCUUCGUGGCCGUCUCGAUUGGCUUCGCGGUCAAGAAGCAGCUGGAGCUCGGAGUGGUGUACAGCUGCGCCGACGACAAGAUGUACUCGGCCCGCCGCGGACGGGGUGCCCGCUGCAACGGCGAGGCGCUGAGCGUCUCCGGCAAGCACGAUCUGUCCAAAGCCCUGCUGCUGACGGAGAUGGGGUCGAGCCGAGACGCGGCGGAAAUGAAGACGACGUUGGGAAACAUGCAUCGGCUGCUGGCGACACCGCUGCACGGGAUCCGGCAGCUCGGCUCGGCCGCCCUCAACAUGUGCGCGGUGGCGGCCGGCUUUGCCGAGGCCUACUACGAGUUCGGCAUCCACUGCUGGGACAUGGCGGCGGCGGCCGUGAUCGUGCGCGAGGCCGGCGGGGUGCUCGUCGACACUGGGGGCGGUCCGUUUGACCUGAUGUCGCGACGGGUCAUCGCCGCCAACAGCGAGGCCAUCGCCGGGGCCAUCGCCGCCGUCCUGGAGCAGAGGCAGCCGGAGCGCGACGACGCGGCCACCGGCCCACACUGACACACACCAACACUCACAUUAACACACUCACACAUUAACACACACACACCAACACUCACAUUAACACACUCACACAUUAACACACACACCAACACUCACAUUAACACA